GAAGAACUUUUACGUCAUGGCUCGAAGUCUCCCUCCGUCGCUAAAUGUGAGAUAGUUGAGAUGUGAGGCCGGCGAUGUGAGGCUAUGUUUUUCAUUUUUGCAGUUCUUAUUUUGCCGGUGGUUGCAGCGGGAUGUGGCCUGGGAGAAUAUUAUAAUAGAGGAAUCUGUAAGCAGUGCUCCCCAAGCUGUCCGGGCAAGCAAAUUAUAUUAUAUCCAUGCACAGAAUCCCAGGAUAUCAGCUGCCGAUGCCCUGAGGGCAAGUAUUGGGAUACGGCCCUCCUGCUGUGUCGUCAGUGCAUGGCUUGCAAUGCAGGCCAAUAUCCAGUUGUUCAGUGCAAACAUGAAUCUAACAGAGUCUGUAAGGACUGCAUGGAAGGGACAUAUCUGAACAGCACCUUGGAUAUGUGCCUUCCAUGUAGUCAUUGUAAAGUUCAAGAGGUUGUGCUAAAGAUGUGUGGAAAAGACUCAAACACAAUCUGCACAAGAAAUGUGCUUAAAAGCACAAACACAACAACAAAAUCUACUACCGAACCUCCUACUGCAGCUAUACAGAUAAAACAAGGCGAGACUGCAGGAACAUUGAAGACCAGUGAAAACAAAAAUGUUAUUAUAAUAGCUGUUGCGUCGGUGGUUGGAGUGUUUCUGAUUGCAAUUGUUGCACUUUUAUGGUGCGGCAGGCACCAUAACAGUACUCCCCAAAGGAGAGUCCCUGAGACUUCCCAAACCAUCAUAGACGAGGAAAUGGACUCUAUUAUAAAUUCAGAUCCUGGCUUACAUCUACGAGAUCUUGAUUAUGAAACAUUUGAGAAUCUAUGUAACCUACUCAAUCCAGAGUCACUAAAAAACUGGAAGACUCUUGCAGGACUGCUUCGUUUGCCAAUGCAGCAGAUCAGAGUUUUUGAGAUUGAUAAAUCUCAAGCCACCCAAAAAUUGCUUGGCUACUGGCAGACUCAACAAGAAGCUUCUGUUUAUAAACUUUAUCAUCUGCUUCUUGAAAUACACCGAGAUGAUUGUGCAAGUCUUCUUAAAAAGGUACUUCUGAAGCAUCAACAGUCUAGAGAAAGCGACAAAGUCUAGAGAAACUGUCGUUUCUCUAGACUUUGUCGCUUUCUCCAAUCGAGCUUUUUGCCAAUCGACUUUCUUUGUCCCAUCUAGUGUACGUCCCAUGUAUACAGUUGACAUGCAAUUUGCCACUUUUUCCUUCCCACCAAUCUGAAUUGGGGAAUCUGAAAAAGGGUUUAAGGGGGGCUACUUAAAAGUUUAGAGUCUACUGCAAAUCCAUGUCAUUGUUGUGCUAGAUGUGACAAAGUAGGAUCGGUGCUUCCACAUAAAUUUUAUUUAAACCUUUUUUGCAUAUGCUUGUUUAACGUGAAAUGAAAUUGAAUGUAGCUUUUUGGGGGGCAUCAAAAUAUAUUUAUAGCCGUUCAAUCUCAUGCAUUGCUGUCCAAAGCUGUCUAUAUUCAUUAUUUGCUAAGAAGUCAUACUUUGAGAUUUAGUACUUGAUUGUAAAUGAUGAUAGUUUUGACAUGGGCUAAGUUUUUUUUGCCUACAAAGAAAAUAUUUUUAUAGAUGGUACACAUUUAUUUUUCUAACCUAUUUGUAUUUUGCUUUUAAUUUAUUCAUAGUUUUUGUAUUAGCUUAGCUUGUUCACAUUCCUAUGAUGCUAUCUGUGGAAUUCUUUAAGGUGGCACACACCCAGUUAUUUACAUUUAUUUCAAAACUAAGAGCAAGCAGCAAAUUCAAAAAAUGGCUAAAUUUAAAUAAUUUAGCGUGUGCAACCUUAAUGUAUUUUUUGUUUCCAAAAUAAUAACUGCUAAUACAAGAAGCACAGAAGAUAAACAUAAUAAGUAAAUAGCAUCUUUUACUGGGUAAAUAUAGUAAAUAUAUAUAUAUUUUAAGUAAGUACCUAUGAAAACAAGUAAACUAUGUAGUACAUCCAUCAUGUCUAGUACUAGAGAACAUUACAACUACGCAAACUGCAAUGCUGGACACAACAUUCGCCUUUUUGGCGGGAUGAGUCAACUCGUGUUGCCGAGCAUUGCAUUUGUCACUUUGUCACUUUUCUGUCAUUUUCUCAAAUUUACAUUUUUGAACACUCGUAAAAUUAAUCAUUUUCUAAACCAUCACAAUAAUGGAAAUGAUGCUUCCAAGAAAAGGAAUGACUAAUAGUUUAAAAUAUAAUACAAAGUAGUUGUUUACCUUUUAAUCGGAAAUUCCGGAAUGAGAUCCCAGUUUUUUUCCGGAAUGCCAUAGUGGUAAGAAACAGCUUCCUAUUUUCCAGAAUUUACGGGGUGAUUUGUGUACCAUUUGCUUCUGUACCCAGAAAUUCUAUUAUGUGGCGUAAUUUUACCUUUGAACAUCACAUUUGUCGCACCCUUUUUUCCGCGCUGGUACCACUUAAAGCACAGUAUAAUUUUUUGGUACUAUAUAAUUAUAUUAGUAUUAUUUAUAUUUCAAACAUUGAAAGGCGGGUUUCAGUGACAUUGUCUUGGGAAGAAAGCUAGUUGACUAACGAUAUGUAUCGAGAAAUCCGCCAUUUUUAGGGACGCGACAACUAGUUUUGUCCAGCAUUGUAGUUGGCAGAAUAGGUGUUUUCAAAAAGGUAGUUCUAAACUGAUAGAAUAUUUGUAAAAUAUUGGUGGCUAGCCAACACUUUACACGGCAAUUUAACCAGACAUUUUAAAAAUAGUCUAUUAUGAUUAUAUAAGUGAAAUAACGUACUAACAAAGCAAUAUUUUGCUUUUCGAUUUUCUUUUGCAUCGUUGAGGAUGAUUUGUUAGCUUAUUGUGAGCGUGACACAAUCUUCCUAGAAGAGAAAGUCAUGUAUGACUUCUUCAGACCAUGUUUAUCCACCAAAAUGUGAGAAAACGUCACCCAACACAUCUUUGUUAUUUGAAAAAUUCAUUAUAAUUUAUGAUAAGUAUUUCUUGGUAUAUAACAUUGCUAGUGUGGAUACAGUGUUAACUUCUGUUGACAUGAUACGACCCCUUUGCAUUAUGGUUGGGGUGACCCUAAUUCUUUAACAUUCUCCCUAUACUUAUAAGACAUUGGUGUGGCCCAAGAAAACAAUUAUCCCAUAGAAAGUACAGUCUUGUAAAUGUUACCAUAACAGUGCCUUCCGUUUGGUAUAAACCAGUGUGAAACAUUGUCGGUAACCUGAAAACUGUGUGUCUAUUGCUUAGUUAUCAAUUAGAGCCUAGAUUCUGUGUUAAUAUAUAACUAAUGUAGUAAUAGCUUAGUUUCAUCUGCAUAGUCGCAGUGCGAGGCACGCUACUCUGGCCACCUUGAAUGUUUUAGAAUGUUAGCCGUGAGAAUACAAGAAAACGUACUGGUUGACUUUACCUUUCGUACUAUCCGAUUGACUUUACCUUUCGCACUAUCCGAUUGACUUUCACUUUCGUUCUAUCUGAUUAACUCUACCUUUCGUUCUAUCUGAUUAACUCUACCUUUCGUUUUAUCUGAUUGACUCUACCUUUCUUACUAUGUGAUUGACUUUACCUUUCGUACUAUCUGAUUGACUCUACCUUUCGUAUUAUUGAUUGACUCUACCUUUCGGUACUACUGAUUGACUUUACCUUUCGGUACUACCGAUUGACUUUACCUUUCGUACUAUCUGAUUGACUCUACCUUUCGUACUAUCUGAUUAACUCUACCUUUCGUUCUAUCUGAUUGACUCUACCUUUCUUACUAUGUGAUUGACUUUACCUUUCGGUACUACUGAUUGACUCUACCUUUCGUACUACCUGAUUGAGUUAACCUUUCCUACUAUCUGAUUGACUUUACCUUUCGGUACUAUAUGAUUGACUUUACCUUUCGGUACUACUGAUUGACUUUACUUUUAGUACUAGUUAUUGACUCUACCUUUCGUACUAUCUGAUUGAGUUAACCUUUCGUACUAUCUGAUUGACUUUACCUUUCGGUACUACUGAUUGACUUUACCUUUAGUACUAGUUAUUGACUCUACCUUUCGUACUAUCUGAUUGAGUUUACCUUUCGUACUAUCUGAUUGACUUCAACUAUCGUACUAUCUGAUUGACUUCAACUAUCGUACUAUCUGAUUGACUUUACCUUUCGGUACUACUGAUUGACUUUACCUUUCGGUACUACUGAUUGACUCUACAUUUCGUACUACCUGAUUGACGUUACCUUUCGUACUAUCUGAUUGAGUUAACCUUUCGUACUAUCUGAUUGACUUUACCUUUUGGUACUAUAUGAUUGACUUUACCUUUCGGUACUACUGAUUGACUUUACCUUUAGUACUAGUUAUUGACUCUUCCUUUCGUACUAUCUGAUUGAGUUAACCUUUCGUACUAUCUGAUUGACUUUACCUUUCGGUACUACCGAUUGACUCUACCUUUCGUACUCUCCGAUUGGCUAUACCUUUCGUAUUAUUGAUUGACUUAACUUUUCGUACUAUCUGAUUGGCUUUACCUUUCGUACUAUCUGAUUGACUUUACCUUUUGGUACUACUGAUUGACUCUACCUUUCGUACUAUCUGAUUGAGUUAACCUUUCGUACUAUCUGAUUGACUUUACCUUUCGGUACUAUAUGAUUGACUCUACCUUUCGGUACUAAUGAUUGACUUUACCUUUCGGUACUACCGAUUGACUUUACCUUUCGUACUAUCUGAUUGACUCUACCUUUCGUACUCUCCGAUUGGCUAUACCUUUCGUAUUAUUGAUUGACUUUACCUUUCGUACUAUCUGAUUGACUUUACCUUUCGUACUAUCUGAUUGACUUUACCUUUCGGUACUACUGAUUGACUUUACCUUUCGGUACUAUUGAUUGACUUCACCUUUAGUACUAGUUUUUUACUCUACCUUUCGUACUAUCUGAUUGACUUUACCUUUCGGUACUACUGAUUGACUUUACCUUUUGUACUAUCUGAUUGACUCUACCUUUCGUACUAUCUGAUAGACUUUACCUUUCGUACUAUCUGAUUGACUCUAGCUUUCGGUACUACUGAUUGACUUAACCUUUUGUAUUAUUGAUUGACUCUACCUUUCGUACUGUCUGAUUGACUCUACCUUUCGUACUAUCUGAUUGACUCUACCUUUCGUACUAUCUGAUUGACUUUACCUUUUUUACUAUCUGAUUGACUUUAACUUUCGGUACUACUGAUUGACUCUACCUUUCGUACUAUCUGAUUGACUCUACCUUUCGUACUAUCUGAUUGACUCUACCUUUCGCACUAUCUGAUUGACUCUACCUUUCGUACUCUCCGAUUGGCUAUACCUUUCGUAUUAUUGAUUGACUUUACCUUUCGUACUAUCUGAUUGACUUUACCUUUCGUACUAUCUGAUUGACUUUACCUUUCGGUACUACUGAUUGACUUUACCUUUCGGUACUAUUGAUUGACUUCACCUUUAGUACUAGUUUUUUAAUCUACCUUUCGUAAUAUCUGAUUGACUUUACCUUUCGGUACUACUGAUUGACUUUACCUUUUGUACUAUCUGAUUGACUCUACCUUUCGUACUAUCUGAUAGACUUUACCUUUUGUACUAUCUGAUUGACUUUAACUUUCGGUACUACUGAUUGACUCUACCUUUCGUACUGUCUGAUUGACUCUACCUUUCGUACUAUCUGAUCGACUUUACCUUUUGUACUAUCUGAUUGACUUUACCUUUUGUACUAUCUGAUUGACUUUAACUUUCGGUACUACUGAUUGACUCUACCUUUCGUACUAUCUGAUUGACUCUACCUUUCGUACUAUCUGAUUGACUCUUCCUUUCGUAUUACUGAUUGACUUUACCUUUCGUACUAUCUGAUUGACGUUACCUUUUGUACUAUCGAUUGACUUUAGCUUUGGGUACUACUGAUUGACUCUACCUUUCGUACUAUCUGAUUGACUCUACCUUUCGUACUAUCUGAUUGACUCUACCUUUCGUAUUACUGAUUGACUUUACCUUUCGUACUUUCUGAUUAACGUUACCUUUUGUACUAUCUGAUUGACUUUAACUUUCGUACUAUCUGAUUGACGUUACCUUUUGUACUAUCUGAUUUACUCUACCUUUCGCAGACAAUCAAAUGCUUCGGUGCGCAUCAGAAUUUAGCGAUUUCUCCUAACAUUGAAGUUUGUGUCUUUAAAACAGUUGUUUUUACCUCCUUAUUGGCUAAAUUUUUUCCAAUUUUCCUCGUGGUGGCAAGGGUAACAGGCUACGCUCUUAACGUGUUAGUUAGAUUUCGUUGAGUCUGGUGAAUUCGCGCCUCGUGUUAUAUAGCCAGGGCUUUUCUGGUAGGUUAAAGGAGACUUUUUACCGACCAGUCUAUCUGGCCACAGAAAUGUAAAUAGUGACUAGAAUAGCCACCAAAACACGGUAUACCAUGUAUUUGAAGGUUGUCCAUCUCGGAACCCCAAGAUGGAUUCCAAAUACCACAUUAUUUUAAGGGCUGUACGUCUUUGAUUAUCGUCGGAAUACUAAUAAAUAAAUAUUUUAUGGA